UCUUAAUUAAGGAUAUCAAAAUCAACAGCCCCCCAAAAAAAUGGCAGAUGUGAGGGAAGGAGGAAUAGUGAAGAAGGGUCAUGAAGAAGGGAUCAAAAUGGCAGUUUCAUUGCUCGAGGAAUUCGAACUUCCGGCAGGACUUCUUCCCCUUGCGGAUGUGAUUGAAGUCGGGUUCGUGAGGUCCACCGGAUACAUGUGGAUUGUCCAGAAGAAAAAAGUAGAGCACAACUACAAGAUGAUCAGCAAGUUGGUGAGCUAUGACACCGACAUUACGGGAUACAUUCAGAAGAAGAGGAUCAAGAAGCUCAAGGGUGUGAAGGCUAAGGAGCUCAUGUUGUGGCCUCCGGUGAGCGAGAUCAUCGUCGAUGACCCGCCCACCGGAAAGAUUCAUUUCAAGAGCCUUGCCGGCAUCACGAAGACCUUCCCGGUUGAGGCAUUUGCCGCUGGCCAGUAAAUUAAAAACAAUUUACUAGCUAGCUAGCUUAUAAUAAUAUAUAUACAUAGCCAGCUGAUCAUGAUGAUGAUAUCCAUGAUCCAGAUGUUAUGAAUGUUUAUUUAGUUUGUGAUUUUCCUAUAUUUCUGUUGUUGUAUUUCCAUGAUCCUAAUUAGCUGCUCCUUCAAGAGCUUAAUUUGAUUACAGUACUUUUGGAAGGAAAAAAAAAGUGUUUCAGAGUUAAUUUUAUUUGAAUAACAACAAGGAUGAUAUGGGCAUG